ACCUGGCCUAAGAUGGGGAGCGUGCUAUUCACAGCUGUGUUCAUAGCGUUACAUUUUGCCACCGGCGGCCUGGCCAACCCAGAUGCAAAACGUUUAUACGACGAUCUCUUAAGCAAUUACAAUCGUUUAAUAAGGCCUGUGGGCAAUAAUUCCGAUCGUCUAACGGUCAAAAUGGGACUACGGCUAUCGCAGUUAAUAGAUGUUAAUUUAAAAAAUCAAAUCAUGACGACGAACGUGUGGGUAGAGCAGGAAUGGAAUGACUACAAAUUGAAAUGGAAUCCAGACGAUUAUGGCGGUGUGGAUACGUUACACGUGCCAUCCGAACACAUUUGGCUGCCGGAUAUUGUGCUCUAUAAUAAUGCUGAUGGCAAUUACGAAGUGACAAUAAUGACAAAAGCAAUUCUACACCACACCGGCAAAGUGGUGUGGAAACCGCCCGCCAUUUAUAAAUCAUUUUGCGAAAUCGAUGUCGAAUAUUUUCCAUUCGAUGAGCAAACGUGUUUCAUGAAAUUCGGCUCAUGGACGUACGAUGGCUAUAUGGUGGACUUGCGUCAUCUAAAGCAAACAGCCGAUUCGGACAACAUCGAAGUGGGCAUCGAUCUGCAGGACUACUACAUCUCGGUGGAGUGGGACAUAAUGCGUGUGCCUGCCGUGCGAAAUGAAAAAUUCUACAGUUGUUGCGAGGAGCCCUAUCUGGAUAUCGUUUUUAAUCUGACGCUGCGUCGCAAAACACUCUUCUACACUGUCAAUCUGAUCAUUCCAUGUGUGGGUAUCUCAUUCCUAUCGGUGUUGGUCUUCUAUUUGCCCAGCGACUCCGGCGAGAAGAUCUCACUUUGUAUCAGCAUUUUGCUAUCGUUGACUGUGUUUUUUCUCCUGCUCGCCGAAAUUAUUCCGCCAACAUCGCUGACGGUGCCGCUGUUGGGCAAAUAUUUGCUCUUCACCAUGAUGUUGGUGACGCUGUCGGUUGUGGUCACCAUUGCGGUGCUUAAUGUUAACUUUAGAUCGCCUGUGACGCAUAAAAUGGCGCCAUGGGUGCAACGUUUAUUUAUACAAAUUUUACCUAAACUCCUUUGCAUCGAACGACCGAAAAAGGAUGACGCCAAUGAGGACGACCAACCGCACGAAGUGCUAACCGAUGUGUUCCAUUUGCCACCCGAUGUGGAUAAAUUUGUGAAUUACGAUUCUAAGCGAUUUAGUGGCGACUACGGUAUACCAGCACUUCCUGCCUCGCAUCGCUUCGACUUGGCCGCAGCGGGCGGCAUUGCGACCUGUUUUGGUGAUCCGCCCCUAGCCUCAGCACUGCCACUGCCCGGCGCCGAUGAUGACCUCUUCAGUCCAUCGGGUAAUGGGGAUCUAAGUCCCGGUUGUUGUCAUGCCGAUCUGAGUCCGACCUUCGAUAAGCCGUAUAUGCGGGAAAUGGAGAAGACCAUCGAGGGUUCGCGAUUUAUAGCGCAGCAUGUGAAAAAUAAAGAUAAAUUUGAGAGUGUGGAAGAAGAUUGGAAAUAUGUUGCCAUGGUAUUGGAUCGUCUAUUCCUGUGGAUCUUCGCGAUUGCAUGCGUGGUCGGCACGGCGCUGAUUAUCCUGCAAGCGCCCAGUUUGUACGAUCAAUCACAACCGAUCGAUAUUUUAUAUUCGAAAAUCGCUAAGAAGAAGUUCGAACUGCUGAAAAUGGGCAGCGAGAAUAGCUUAUAGCGACCACUUGGGU